AGUUAACAUCUUCUUAUUGUAUCUUUCUUAUUAUUUUAUCGUUUAGUGUAUACAAAGAACGAUUAGUUGUUUGUGUCCUGUUGACCUCUGGUAAGAUAUCGUGCGAUUUCCGCAUUUGUACACACGCGAUUAUUAGUCGGGUUGAAUUUACCUCGGUCCGGUUCGCUCGCUCGCUCACCUGUCCAUUAAACGUUUGUUUUCAUCAUUAAUAAUAAAGCAAAGGUGUGGUUUUUAAGCUUACGGAUAACUAUGAGCUGUUUUUCCAACCACUGAUGAAACAAUUUGCAGCCAAAAUGAAGUUAUUCGUAUUGUGUUUUGUAAUUCUGCUUCAGUUCAUUCAAAAAUCGCAUUGUAUUAGUUGUUAUCAAUGUUCUGGCACUGAUAAUAAGACACCGUUUGAAUGUAACGAGUUUUUGGACAGUGAUACUGCUCUUGUUUCAACCCCUUGCGACGACGUGUACGACGCGAAAUACUGUAUCAAACACGUAGGGAGAUUCGAAGCGAAAUGUAUUGACUGCUAUCAGUGCUCGUCUACUAACACAUUGGAUUGUACAGAUUUGCUAAUUAAUUCGGGGGGAAUCCAGACAAACAAUUGCACUAACGUCUAUGGAGCUGAAUAUUGCGUUAAAGCGAUAACUUUGGAGGGAGGAGUAGGGACCAAACGAUUUUGUUCAUCCCUCGAUUUAGGAAAUUACUGUAAUUACGUUAAACAACCAGGUGACACAUUAACUUACCGAACAUGCGUGUAUACCUGCACUGGGGAUGGUUGCAAUCCCGCAACAACUUUUAAACUUAGCCAAACUUUGCUGUUUUUACUCCUAGCUUUUUCUUUUGUUUGUAAUUUCGUAUUUCGUCAGUGAAGAAAAUCAAUUUCGAAUUCAUUCAUGUAGUUUUUUAAUUUUAUUUUUAUAAUACUCACAUGGUCGUCUUUCUUUUUGUUGUAAGUAUCCAUUCUACGUAUUUUUUAAUAAACAGUUUGUGAAAUUUAUACUAUAGACAAUUAGAUUUUAGAUAUAUUCAUUUAACCAAAAUAAAAAAGUACAAAUAUUAAUGUUUUUAUACGAUAUUUUUAAUAAAAACAAAUGAGAAAACCUAACAGUUGUUUCAAAUAUUCGAGAGGGUAAAAGCAACAAACACUUACUUAUUAUAUGUAUUUUAUUUAUUAGCGCCUUUUCAAUUGGUUCACAUUAAAUGCAGUGGAUAAUCUGAUACAACAUACACAUUUCCGCCUAAGCUUAGCAAAAAUAUAAUUAAUUUCAUUUAAUACUUACUUCUAUCACGUACUGAUUCUUUUAAUAUGUAUUUUAAAACAACGACUGUGGAUUACACAAUAGAAUACAUAAAGUCAUUCAUUUUGUUUUAAUAAAAAAUAAAAUAAAAACGAUUUAUCCAAGGAAUUGUCAAAAAAUAACUGAACCAAGGGGGGAAUUACUUCGAUGUUUAAUUUUUUCCCUUCGUUUGUUUACAACAACAAUGAUGAUCUCGAUGUUUAUAUUUUUAUUCCUUUGUUUUAGUUCAGUUGUUUAAAAACAAAGCCUUGUAUAAUGAGCACAACAUUAGGCAUCUUUUUUUCUAA